CGUUCCGCAGCCAAGUGCUCUGCGCUCGGUGGGUGCCAGCCAGGCCAGAGCCACCCGAGCGAGCGAGGACAGGCACCGAGGGGGCGCGGCCGCGGCCGGACGACCCAGCGAGCGAGACUCAGGAGCCGUCCACGGCCCGACAGCCAGCGAAUUGGCAAUGGAGCGCCUUGUCUCCCGCCGCACCUAUCCCCAGUUAGCGCGCAGCAGCGCCUGCCGUAGCCUCUUCGGGCCGGUGGACCACGAGGAGCUGAGUCGCGAGCUGCAGAUGCGCCUCGCCGAGCUGACCGCCGAGGACCAGCGCCGCUGGGACUACAACUUCCAGCAGGACGUGCCGCUGCGGGGCCCUGGGCGCCUGCAGUGGACCGAGGUGGACAGCGAGUCCGUGCCCGCCUUCUACCGCGAGACGGUGCAGGUGGGGCGCUGCCGCCUGCUCCUGGCGCCCCGGCCCCGCCCGGAAGGCGCGGGCGCUAGCCCGCCCCCCGGGCCGCCGGCUGACGAGCCCCUCGACGGCCUGGGGGAGGCGCCGGCGUCGCCGGCCAGCGGCCCGGCCGUGGCUCCGGCCCCGGCCCCCGCCGCGGCGCCGCCGGAGAGCGCUGAGCAGGAGGCGGGCCCGCCGCCGCGCAACCAGGAGCCCCUGGCCGAGCCGCUGCACUCAGGGAUAGCGGGGCGCCCCGCGGCUGGCACUGCGGCCACCGCCACCACCGCCGCCGCCGCCGCCGCAGCCACCGCCGCGGCCGCUGCCACCACUGCCGCUGCCGCUGCCGCCGCCGCCGGAGGCGCCGCGAUCAAGAAGCUGCCGGGGCCUCUCAUCUCCGACUUCUUCGCCAAGCGCAAGAGACCUGCGCCUGAGGCCAAGUCGUCCAACGAGGUCCCCGCGGGAUGCAACGCUCCGGGCGGCGCUCCAGCCGUCGGCUCCCCGGAGCAAACCCCGCGCAAGCGGCUGCGAUGAGCCUCGUACCCAAAGAGCCCUGAGGGAGCCCGCUGGGCAGCGGACAGGAGAGGAGCGCUGGGCCUCGGCUGGGACCGUCCAUGUAGCAGCAACCGGCGGCAGCUGCCACGGAGCAGCGUUCGG